AGUAAAAGAAUCAAAAUGGCGGUUUUGGGGGACUUUUGUUUCUUUUGUUAGAAAGCUUCUAGGGAAAAGGAAAGCUUCACCAGAAAUGCCUCGUGGAGUAAAAGUUGAACGACCGGCUCCUGCUGAAUCAGUCGAGCCUCUUCAGGCUUCAACUGUUGUGAUUCUUCACCCUGGUUCCACAUUGAUGUGGCUGGGACGUGCUACUGACCACCUACCACAAAGCAUUCCUCAUGUCAUUGCCCGGAGGAAACCUCAGCAGUGCACUGUUGACAUUCCGGAUCAAACCUUACUUGUCAGGGAUGGACUUGAUCAUCCUGACAGUGAAACACAGAAAGAACUUGCACUUAGUGUGAUUGAGCAAGCAAUAUGGUCAAGGAAAACUUCAUCUGGUUCACGAAAACAUCAAACUACAGUUUCACAGGAGUCAGUGUCCUCUGUAUUUGGUUGUGGCCUAAGUGCUGCUUGUGUUGUUGAUGUUGGAGAUGAGAAAACCAGUAUUUGUUGUGUAGAAGAUGGCUUGGUCAUCCCUAGUUCACGACUAUGGCUUCAGUAUGGAGGAAGAGAUAUAACCAGAGCCUUUUUCUGGCUGCUAAGAAGGGUCAACUUUCCUUACAAAGAGUGUGAUUCCAACAACAGACUUGACAUACUUCUUCUGCAUGAGUUAAAGGAAACAUUUUGCCAUCUUAGUCAGGAUAUUGUUGGUGGUCAAGUGCAUGAGUUUCAAGUUCAUCGUCCUUUUGAAACCCCUCGUUCAUACCAGUUGAAGAUUGGAGAUGAGGCAAUUGAAGCACCAAUGGGAAUGUUCUUCCCUCAAUUGUUUGGUAUUGUUGGUGAGAAGUUGGUUUACACCAAGGAUUCCCAGUAUGAUGACCCAGAAGACUUGUGUGAUGACAGAUACCUGCUUGAGUCACAGAGAGGACAGGAUCAGUCUAGUAAGCAGUCUUCUGGCUCAAAGAUUGGACCCAGUACUGAGACAGUCCCAGAUCUCGAGCAGAACAUAACAACCACCAUGAGGACUGGUAACAAGGAUAUGAAGUUUGUGUCUGAGAAGAGUUUGGGUCUAGAUCAAGCAAUAUUACACAGCAUUAAUUGUUGUCAUACUGCUGCCCCUGAAGAAACAAAGCGUAAAAUGUACAGCUCAGUUUUACUGAUCGGUGGCGGUUUCAUGUUUAAUGGUGCUGCAGCUGCAUUACAGUCACGCUUACAAGCUAAGUUACCUCCAUUGCAUCGCAAACUUGUUGAUCAGGUUGAAGUGAUUGCAAGACCCAAGGAAAUGGAUCCACGGACAAUUUGUUGGAAAGGUGGUGCAGUGCUUAGCAUCUUAGACUCUGCCCAAGAACUGUGGAUCAGCCAACGUGAAUGGACAUCAAUUGGUGUCAGGGUACUCAGGGAAAGGUCUCCUUUCAUUUGGACAAUAUGUAAUUAAAUGUAAUUAGUACUUCAAGCAGUGGAAAAGCACUUCAAAACCUUCAGUAACAAGCAAUUUUUUUGAGCUGAGGAAGUAGGAACUCACACUGUGCAUUGUGAAGCAUUUUAUUACUGAAAAGCUCUCAAGCAAGAUAAACAAUAUUCCAAACUUAAAAAGAGA